AAUGUCAACAUAACGUCACACGAACGAAGCAGGAUUAUCAUCCAAGGAGCAGUCGAACUGACCAAACGUUCAAUUGUUGUUUCAGAGAAGAACUCGGCGCGCAACAGUCGACGAAGACGCGUGAGCGAGGGGGCGAGUCGCGACAAAGACGGCGAGAGCAACUUGUCCACGCGGCAGGAGGACCGCGAGAACAAGGGCCCAACGUCCGGAAGGCCGAGCAACCGCAUCCCCCGAACGGUGUUGGAGGAAGCGAACAGCGCGUCGAGCAGCGCUGCGAAGUUGCGGAAACGCGGCACCGCGGUAAAGAGUCCGGUGGAGAGCGCGUCGCAGCGACCGGUGCGAAGAAGACCGAGGCUCGGUUGCCAGGGGGCGAGAACCGAGGCGGAGGAGGAACUCGUCGUCGACGUAAAGUCCGCCGAGAAGGAGGAACGGCUGAACGGAGGAAGGCCCGAGGAGGAGGAAGAUCGCGCGAACGGUGACGAGAACGAGGAUCGGGAGAGUUGCGAUCCGCUGACCAAGAGGCUCAGGACAAGUCCCGUCGGCAGGAAGCUCAGGUCCGAGCGAAAGGGUGGUAAACUCAGCGAGCAAGCGGAUAUCGAGGGGACAGAGGAGCAAGGAGACAGGAAGGAGAAAAGCGCGGAGAGUGAAGGCGCGGGAAGCGAGAAGCUCGAGGAGAACGAGGCGAGUCAGUCGAGGGAGCGUGACAGAGAACCGGAGCCUCCACCUCCGGACAAAGUAGACCCUGGAGGCGACACGGUUCUUCUUCAACAGUCGACGAACGGAUCGGAUCGAACGGAGGAAAGAUUCGGAGGCACGAAGGCGGACGCGAGAGAGAGGAGGUGUAAAGAGCAACAGCCGCAGGUGUUGGUGAAUGGAUCGGUGCUUGACUCGUCGCCGUUGUCUGUGGUGGACAAAGCGGCGAGCGUGCUGUUAGGCACGGAGGAUAGCGUGGGUAGCGUGAGCGGCGCGAGGGCGGCCAGCGUCGAAUCGGUGGUCGAGCUGCUGGAGUCGAGCAGUCAGGACUCAGGCUCCGUGCUGGAGAGGCUGAGUCCGCUUAUGGAGGCCGGGGCCGGGAUACCUGGAAGCGGAGUGCUCGCCGGUGUGCCAACAGCGGUCGGUAUCCGAGCGGUGGGUGCCGCGGCUGGUAGCGGUGCCGCGAGUGCAGCCUAUGGGGACAGCGGUUCCGACAGCGGGGUAAGCUCCUUGAGGAGCGCCGGCUCCGGCGACGAGAGGAGCGGCAGCAGAAGUUCCGCGCUCAGCAUAGACGAGACCACCAGCUCGUCGACGCCGACGGCGGCCACCACGCCGGCUAGGGUCUGGCACGUGCAGAGCGUCCAGCACACCUCGUUACUGAUGGCGCAUCCUCAACCACCUCCGAGCGCCGGACCUAGUUCCGCGGCUGCAGCUGCCGCUGCCACGGCUCCGCCGGUCGGCUACCAGAGCCCCGCACCGCCGCCACCCGGUCAUCAUCAUCCUGCCGUCGCGUCCGAGAUGCUCUGGAGGUCGCAGAGGUACCCACCAUUGCCGCACUCGUUGCUCGGGCCCGCUCAACCCACCACCGAGGAGAUCGUCGAGAGGGAGAGGAUCCUU